AUGUCUCAUGCAUAUCCUCGCUUUAUCUACUACAGUAUGGCUCGCAAGAAGGUGGUUCGCCAUGACUCCGACAACGAGUUGGAUGCUGGAGAUGCUUCUUUUGAGCCCGCUUCGGACGUUGGCGCUUCCCUGCCUCACCCCAAGAGUAGGAAGCAGCCGGCUGCUAAGCCUCCACGCUCCAAGCGCAAGGCGUCGGCGGGACGUGGUAAGUACCCCGUCCGCAAGACAGCUCCUGACUUGCACUUGCCCAAUGAGGGUGUUGAGUUGGUUCCUGUGACCAAGCGCUUGUUCACCCAUUCGGGAGAUAGGCGUUUUGAUCGUGACGUUCAUCCGCCUCACCCUAAGGACUAUUUCAGCAAUCAGGGAGAGGUCUAUGGCAAAAGCUGGAUUACUAGGAUUCUGUCAUCCUUUCCAAGAGUCAGCCAGUGGUUAUGCAGAGAGAUGACCAGGGCUCUUGAAAUGUUGGAAAGGCAUAAUUUCAAGAACCUCAUGACCAUGCAGUAUCCGUGGAACAAUGAGGUGAUAGCACAGUUUUAUGCUACUGUUUGGUAUGAGAAGCCCACAGCUGACAGUUAUGGCAUUAUGCAUUUCUCCAUUCAAGGUCAGCCCUAUUAUGUCUCUUAUGCUCGCUUUGGACAAAUUCUUGGAUUUGAGUUUGAUGACAUAGACAAACCUCGGCUUAAUUGUAACCCUCAUCGUGACAUUGAUAUCUCUUUUGCUUACAAUGAGGAUGCUACUGCCAAUGACUUCUACACCACCAACAACAUGAGAAAACUUUAUCGCUAUUUUAAUUUGUUUCUCAGGCAAACUUUGGUCCCUAAGAUUGGUGGUGCUUCAGUGAUUCUAUCUUCUAUGGGUCCCUUCUUGAAAGCUUUUCAGGAGGGUAAUGAGGAGGAUUUCAGUGCCUUUGGUUUCAUUUAUAGGCAGAUUCAGUUGACAUCUUGUGAUCCUAAGAAGUCCUGUACUCAUGCUCCCUAUAUCAUGAAGAUGAUUGAGAGUCACUCAGAGGGAGUUCAUCAAGGAGCAGCUGCAGCUUGUCCUCAGGCAGACCAAGGUCUUCUCUUGCAGGGUAUCCGCUUAGUGUUUGGGAUGUGCAUGGCCAUUCAUGAGGCCAACAGAGAGCACCAGAGGUUCAUACAGGAGGAGCUUCACCAUGCCGAGGUCCAGAGCAAGGCGAUAGCAGAGCAGGCCGGUGUGACUUUGUCUCCAGUUCGUCCUCAACCUCCAGCUCCUCAGCAGCCUGCAUGGUUUCACCCGCUGUUUCAGCAGUCCUUUGUGCAGCCCCUGCAGCCCCAGUUUGACUCCCUCGAGCAGCCACAGUCCUCGUCCCAUGUUCAGCAGGGGGUAGGUGGCAGCUCGUCCUCUGGAUGGGCUUCGGCCACCUAUGGUUUAGCAGGUCACUUCUUCAACCCCGCUUUCGACACUCUCUACCCCGCCUCCUAUCCUUCUACUUCCGGCGAACAGCAGCCCGGUGCGUCUCUGGAAGACGACGACAUCGACCACGACGAAGCACCCCUCUCUGUUGAAAACCGCAAAUUAACUGGAAUUUUAUCCCUCUCGAGCAAGAAAUUCCAGUGCGGAAGUCUUCCUAUUGCCACGGCCUGUUUGAACACCCCGCCCUGGAAAUUCCAGAAUGCUAUGCCAAGAAAUUCCAGUGCAGGAGACAACCUUCCCAACGGCGUUCUAAUUCCAGGCAAGCACAUAGGCCUCAUGGAACCUUCAACUAGGCAUCCUCAGCUUAUCAUUAGGGGUGCAGCCUUGGUUGUAGUGAUCAGUGCUUGGAUGUUUGUGAGAUUCAGACGCAUGUCGGCCUCUAGGAGAGGAAUUACUUAUGGCCCAAUGACUGCCAGAGACCAAGAAAGGGCCAACAACCUUAGGUUCAUCUACCACAGUUUUUCUGCAUCCUUUACUAUUGAAUUGCAUGUACUAUUUGAAUUUGUGUUAGCAAUGGACAAUGGGGAUGGUUUUCACAUUUUUGGGGAAGAGGUUCACAUGAACCAUGGGGAGGAGGUCCAGGAGGUUCAAGAGGUUAACCCAGCACAACAAGGCAAUGGUGCACCACCUCGUCUCAUUUGGAUCCCACUGAUGUCUGCCCGUGUGUUUGAGAAGUUCUCUAAUCUGGUGGCUGAAGGCAUGAGGACUGACAAGGGUUUCAAGGACUUCCAUGUGAAUGUUGUUGCCAAGGAUCUGCAGGCCUUCAUCAUGCAGCCAGUGACUGCCACACAGGAUCACGCCAAGGAUGCUGAAUUCCUCAACAUGCCUAUUGUCAACUACCAGUUCAUGCAGACCAUCUUCGGUUCUGGUGUUGCAACUGGGCGAUUUGCAAUGGGAAGCAAUGAAGCUCUAGGCCAGCCAUCUGAACAAGAUACCAUCGACCUGGACACUGAUGCACCUGCUCCAAGCAAGGAGGAUGGACCAGCACACAAGGAGAAGCCAGAUGACAAGAAGCUCGGCAAGAGGAAAAGGGGUUUGAGUGAAGAGGAUGUAGUCCUGGUGACUGGAAUGACAGAUGCUGUCUAG